UCUCUUUUCUCGGGAGCUCCUUGAUGACGUCAUAUCCCUGAACGUUUCUUCUACGUACAACGGCGGCGGCCUGUGUUUUCAGACGAUCGCUGUAAUUUUUCUCUUCAGUGGAGGAUUUCUCUCUGCUGCUUACCACCACCAUGAAACUAGUCAGGUUUUUGAUGAAGCUCAGCCAUGAGACUGUCACCAUUGAACUAAAGAAUGGGACCCAGGUUCAUGGCACCAUCACAGGUGUUGAUGUGAGCAUGAACACCCACCUGAAGGCGGUGAAGAUGACUCUGAAGAACAGGGAGCCCACUCAGCUUGAGUCGCUGAGCAUUCGAGGCAACAACAUCCGCUACUUCAUCCUGCCGGACAGCCUUCCUCUGGACACCUUGCUGGUGGACAUAGAGCCGAAGAUCAAAUCCAAGAAGAGAGAAGCAGUGGCAGGACGGGGUCGAGGCAGAGGACGAGGACGUGGGAGAGGAAGGGGACGAGGGCGAGGUGGACCGAGGAGAUGAUCAUCUCGUCUUUCAGCUCCUUAUCGCCCCACUGUUUGUACAGGAUUUAUUUUUCUUUCAUUCAGAGGAAACGAUUUGUGAAUUUCAUUGUGCUUUUUUUUUCUUUAUUUUUUUGUACAUUAAAACCAUAAAGAAGACAAA